UGUGACAGGCGACCGCACUGAUGCGGGAAGGACUCCAGGAAUCUACGCGAGAGGGUCAACGCUGGCGUGGUUAUCUAAUCUGUCGACCUGCCCGAAGGUGAGCAGUCACUCAGAUGCGCCCAGUGCGUGCACCGCGCUCGCAAGCGGCUGGAUUACCGUCGUGGUUUGACUCGCGUGGCUGCGCUACGGUCACACACGAGAUCCGACCAUGGCGACCAACAACCAUGCGCAACGGCAGCGGGGAGCUCCCGUCACCAACGGGGCAGCCGGUGUCUACACAUCCAGAGCGUAUGAGCCUGGAGCUCACGUGACCAACGGCACUCAAGGAAUCUUCACCGUCAGCGGUCAACUCGACCGGGAAUCGCAGCGUGGGAGAGAGUCCGCGGACAGGAGGUGUUGCGGAAAGAAGGCCAUGGUUGCGGCAGGCGUCAUCGCAACGUUUCUGGUCAUCGCUGGAGUGGCCCUAGGCACAGUCUUCGGCCUGGACCUUGUGCCAAUGACCAGUGGCCACCAUGCCGAAGCUUCGACGGGGCCGGCAGUGCUACCGGGACCGCCUUGCGACAGCGAGCAAUGCCAGGGCGUAUCUGAAUUGUAUAGCCGGGCGCUGUCAGAAAAGUACGACCCUUGCGAUGACUUCCACAAGCACGUGUGCACGCGAUGGAAGCUGGCCCCGAGCUCUAAGUUGACCAGUGUGUUUCGUCAGCAGGCGAAAUGGAUCACGAGAUCGGUGAUCACUUCCCUGCGCGACACGUCAGUGCCUUCGGAUGGCCAGACAGCAGUACAGAAGGCGGCGGGACUGUUCCAGUCCUGCGUGGAUCUUUUCGGCGAUGAAGAGCACGCCCCUUCGGGUCAAAACCCCAGCGUGGAUAUCAUUAACUUUCUUCGAGAACGCAACGCGUCAUUUGAACCUGAGUCUGACGUAGAAGCUGCGUACUUGAUGUUCGAUUUUUCAAUAACCUACGGCCUUCCAACGUUAUUCAACGUCAGGGUAGACACAAUCCCCGGAAAUGCGGAGCGACUGCACGUAAUUCUCAGCAUGCGGCGGUCACUGUACGACGGGCAGCAUGCAACCAACAAGGCGAUUGAGGAGCAUCUCCGGUGGCUCGGACUGAACGAGGAUCUCAUCCGGCAGCUGACACCAACGAUUGAAACAAUUGACAAUUAUCUUCUGAAGCUCGGCAGGAACGCCUACGAGGACGACGCGCCAGACGCAAGGAACAGGUCGGUUUUACUGCUGCGUACAAUGGAGAAAGCCAUCCUUGGCAGAAAAGGCGACAACUGGAACUACUACAUGGGGAACAUCACAAACGGACUGCUUCCUGGUGAACAUUACGUCGCGUUCGAGACGCGGUACCUGGUACUCUUCCUGGCAAAGGUUUUUAGGAUGAUUCCGGACCUGAAUGACCUUCGCAUCUGGAUGAACUUCGACCUGUCUAGGCAGUUGAGGCAAAUGGUCCAAGUUAGUAGAACCGGUUCGUUUCAAAUGAGCAGCCCCAUUUCACAGUGGGAAAGCCGCUGCCUGAAGCACACAUCUAAGGUGAUGGACACGGCUGCUUAUGCCGCUUUCUAUCACAAGGUACUCACUACAGACACCAUAUCCAAGGCCCAAGAAAUGGUGUCUAGCAUCGCGGAGUCUUUGAGGACUCAAAUAGCCGAAUCAUCAUGGAUGGAAGACGGCACGAGAGAAAUAGCCGUAAGGAAACUCGUCAAGAUGAAGAAGGUGGUCGGCUACCCGGAGGGUGCGGAGGACGACGACUCGCUCAACAAGUACUACGAGGCGUUCGAUAAUGUUGGACCUUCGUUUGUUAACAACUGGCUGAGUGCCUCGAAGUCGGCUAGUAGGAAGGCGUUUGAGAGACUUUUGGAGCAUCCUGCCCAGGUGAGCGUCAACGAUGACAUGGCCAUGGUGAACGCCAUAUACAAGCCACCUCUGAACACCAUGGUUGUGGGCAUGGGCCUUCUGCUUCCGCCUUUCUUCGGCACGGUCCCGGCCGUCGACUACGCCUCGGCGGGUCACCUGGCCGCUCACGAGAUGAUGCACGCUUUCGACGUUUCGAACCGGCGUCGAGAUGACAAUUAUGUGGAGAGGGACUGGUGGACGCCAGCCUCUAAAUCCGAGUACGAAAAACGCGUCGCAUGCAUUCGAAACGCGAUGGGAGAAGAGUUAAGCGCGCCGGACGACGUCACAGAUUCUGAAAUGAUGGCGGACUUCAUUGGAAUGUCCGGACUCUACGACGCCUAUCUCAAGGCGAAGCAGGUGCCCGAGACAUCGUUAGAGCUUCAGGGGCUUCCGGGAGUGACGAGCGACCAGUUGUUCUUCAUCGCGUUCUGCUACAAGUGGUGUUCCAAUUCUCGCACCACCGAACGUUAUCCGGACUUCAGUGUAAGGUGCAACAUGCCCUUGAUGAACAUGCCACAGUUUUCAAAAGCCUUCAACUGCAGUGCCGAGUCUCAAAUGAAUCCGCAAGAGAAGUGCACCUUCUGGUGAAUGGACGAGUGGUUAAAACAGUGUGCCGGAAAGGCGGUAAGGUGCAUAUUUUGCAACUCUCGUAGAAGUGCAGAUCUGUACUACGCGCUGAACGCUCGCACCCACACGCCAAGUACACUCCUUCUGCCUUCCCCACGUUUGCGUACACUUACCUUGUACACACGGAUAUAUGUGGGGACGCUCAAGGACUAACAACUUUUCUAGGCAAACCGUAUUCACUGCCUACACUGGCUCUCUAGCCUCAGACAUCAUGUGCUGGUAUUACCGUGUUGCUGUGAGUGAUACAGGCUGUGGACAGGACACUGCCAGAUAUAGACAGAUGCAUGCACAUGUCUGCGGUGCACGCCAAUAUACAAGUCAUCUGUGCCUGAUGUCGGGCACGUCUUUAGGUUUACAAAAGUGUUGUGUGUACCUGUUUUUUCUCAGCCUUCCAACGCGUUGCUCUAGUUUUCUUUACUCCAAAAAGAAGCAUAAUUCCAUUAGUGACGAAGUCAUCAAGUGUAGGUGCGAUUCCUAGCUUUUAGCGUUUUCUCUAACGACGUAUGCGGUUUUUUUUUAAUGUUUUACUGCAACUUACACGAUAGCUGUCUUUAUUUAUGAGGAGACAAAGGGCAUUAUUUAUUGCGCAAGAACUGCUAGUCAGCUGCGAACGCAUUCCUGCACUCGUUUUUACUCAAAACUUUUGCCACCAGCGCUGAAAGACGUGACAGGACAGCACAGUACGGCUACAAAUGUGAAAAGACAAAUACUUAUCUACUGUUCUUAGUUAUCAGGUUUUAUACAAAUUUUACAAAGGGCAAGGUGCAAGGCAACAAUUGGGGAGCGCGCGUAAUCUGUCAUCCCAGAUGAUGUGCAGCUCGGCAAUAUUUAUUUCCUCACGGUACCCUCUGCAUGGUGGCGCUGCUUUGUUGACCGUUGUCGAAGUGUGUGUCAUUUUUACUUUUGCUCAUAAUGCUAAACAUGCAAGAUCGCACGUGGUGCCAUAGUUGACGCGGUAGGUCGAAGCGGCUAACCUACAUUUCCGCUGCAAGGAUUGGCUUUUCUUGGUUGUCGUGAGUGUAAUGGAUUCUGCUCAAACCGUCGUUAUCAGAAAUGCAUUAUCGGUGACGAAAAUUGCCAGCAUCAGUGCGUUAACGAUUGAUUACUGGUACCUAGAAGAAAUGCACCGGUAGAGAAGCUUUCGAACGCUAGAUAAAUGGAUGAAUUUUAAGAAAACGUAAAUGGAAAAGGGAGGCGUUUAUCUUUGUCUGUUUGACGCAAUAAUGCCGCUACUAUCCACAUUCCAGCUGAAAUGACACGGUUCGCGCACUUACAAGCUUAAAUCCAGCAAUUCGGACUUGCCUUUUGAAGGACUUACUUGGUUUGUCGGUUGUCACAUGUUUAAGUAUGACUUCUUUAUGGUUUAGUGUGUCUGACAUGAAACUGUUGCCAGCGUGAACAAUUAAAUAUGUUCACAAGAGAGCGUGCGCAGUGCAAGCGCUGUUCUUACGUGCCCUAUAUACCUUGUGGCUGUGUUUCUACACAUUUUCACGUAUUUAUUGAUCGAGUUUUCAUUCCAUGUUUGCUCAUGUCUGUCAGCUGAUAAUGCUCCGUUCCGAAAAGAAGAUCUAUUAGUGCAGGAUGCAUUUUUUUGUCUUGCAGCAGUAGCUCACGGAGUUCUAUUCAGAACACCAUAAUAUUCCGCAUUCCAUCAAUUAUCCGGUAGAGUAAAAACGUGCUCAGUAUUAGCAAAGUAGGGCCAUAGUGGCUAACAUCCUCAGGGUGCUGCGAAAGUUCGUCGCUGCUCAUAUUCAUGUAUGGUGACGGCUAAAAAUAGAAGACUUUGAACGCGAUAGGCUAGCGAAAAGUGAGCGGGGGCAAGGGGAGGGGGGGACUGCUAUGUAAACAAUGUUUUUGUGUCUUCAAUGCGCCAGGCGGUUUAAAAUGUGGUGUUCGUCCUAUCGCGCCCGCUGGCAGACAUUGACUGAAGCUCAGACUGCAGUGCGUCCUUCUUGGUGACGUGAAUCUGACGCCGCUGAAACCAGUAAAGUUCGGUGGAUUGUCAGCGCUCCGUCUAUAUGCUUUUGACGAGAAGUAACUACAUCUAUCUAUAGCGCGUUGCAAUCACCAG